GCGACCCCUCGACCGUGCGAACGAGCAAAGGACAAAUAUCCUCGCUCGCAGUCGCAGCUACUACGCCGCCGCACCUCCGCCCGCCACCUUCUUCCCGGCUCCAGCGAUGUCGGGGGCGAUCGGGGGCGCCGAGGUCCACGGCUUCCGGGGCGCAGCGGCGCAGCUCCCGCGGUCCCGGGUGCUCGGGAGGCCGAUCCGGGUGGCGCCACCCGCCGCGGCCCGGCCGGGCGGUGCGUCCGCGGGUAGCAUACGCGCCGUCUCCGCGCCUGCGAAGAAGGACGCUUCUGAAGUUAAGCGAAGCAAGGUUGAGAUAAUCAAGGAAAAGAGCAACUUCCUCCGGUACCCUUUGAACGAGGAGUUGGUCUCAGAGGCCCCAAAUAUCAACGAGAGUGCUGUUCAGCUGAUCAAGUUUCAUGGAAGCUACCAGCAAACUGACCGAGAUGUCCGUGGGCAGAAGAAUUACUCGUUUAUGCUCCGGACAAAGAACCCUUGUGGGAAAGUUCCAAACCAACUUUAUUUAGCUAUGGAUACACUAGCUGAUGAGUUUGGCAUCGGAACACUCCGCCUGACGACCAGGCAGACAUUCCAGUUGCACGGUGUUCUUAAGAAGAACUUGAAGACUGUUCUAAGCACUGUCAUAAAGAAUAUGGGCUCAACAUUGGGUGCUUGUGGCGAUCUCAACAGGAAUGUACUUGCUCCUGCAGCGCCUUUUGUCAAAAAAGAUAUCCUUUUUGCUCAACAAACAGCAGAGAACAUUGCAGCACUCCUUACACCACAGUCCGGGGCUUAUUAUGACCUGUGGGUGGAUGGCGAGAAGAUAAUGUCAGCUGAAGAGCCUCCUGAGGUGACAAAAGCCCGCAAUGACAACUCGCAUGGAACGAACUUCCCUGACUCUCCGGAACCAAUCUAUGGCACCCAGUAUCUACCAAGGAAGUUCAAGGUUGCAGUUACCGCGGCUGGUGAUAACUCUGUUGAUAUUCUGACCAAUGACAUCGGUGUUGUUGUUGUUUCAGAUGAUGCAGGAGAACCUAUUGGCUUUAACAUCUAUGUUGGUGGUGGCAUGGGAAGGACACACCGAGUGGAAACUACAUUCCCUCGGCUGGCUGAUCCAUUGGGUUAUGUUCCAAAAGAAGAUAUAUUAUAUGCUAUAAAGGCCAUCGUCGUCACACAGAGGGAAAAUGGAAGAAGGGAUGACCGCAAGUAUAGUAGGAUGAAGUAUUUGAUUGACCGUUGGGGAAUAGAUAGGUUUCGGGCUGAAGUUGAAAAAUAUUACGGGAAGAAGUUUGAAAGUUUCCGACCAUUGCCAGAGUGGCAGUUUAACAGCUACCUUGGCUGGCAAGAACAGGGUGAUGGGAAAUUAUUCUAUGGAGUGCAUGUUGAUAAUGGUCGUGUUGGUGGGCAAGCAAAGAAAACUCUACGAGAGAUAAUUGAGAAGUAUAAUUUGGAUGUUAGUAUUACCCCAAACCAAAAUCUUAUUUUAUGUGGGAUUGAUCAAGCGUGGAGAGAACCCAUAACUACAGCUCUUGCACAAGCUGGCCUGCUGGAACCGAAGGAUGUCGACCCCCUGAAUUUAACUGCCAUGGCAUGCCCUGCCUUGCCACUGUGCCCUUUGGCACAAACAGAAGCUGAACGGGGGAUCUUACCCAUUCUUAAACGAAUUAGAGCAGUCUUCAAUAAGGUUGGUAUCAAGGAUUCGGAGUCUGUGGUUGUGAGGAUAACUGGAUGCCCUAAUGGAUGCGCUAGACCAUAUAUGGCAGAGCUUGGUUUUGUUGGUGAUGGCCCAAAAAGUUACCAGAUCUGGCUGGGUGGAACACCAAACCAGAGUACGCUAGCAGAAUCAUUUAUGGACAAAGUGAAGCUUGAUGACAUCGAGAAGGUUUUGGAACCUCUCUUUACCUAUUGGAAUGGCACACGCCAGGAAGGCGAAUCUUUUGGAAGCUUCACAAACCGAACAGGAUUCGACAAAUUGAAAGAGGUAGUGAAUAAGUGGGCAGAGUCACCAUCAGCCGCAUGAAGAUUUCGCUUUCGUUGGAUAAAAUCCCAGGCUCGCAGCACAAUUUUGGCCACGGGAUUAAUUAUAUGACGAAGGAAAUCCAGAUAAGCCGAGAAAUGGAAAAAGGAAGACUCGGGUUGUGAGUUGCUAUGUUUGUUGGGUUGAGUGAUCGAAUUUUUUUGUGUGUGCUCUCAAGGAGACCUCUGUGAACUUGAAUAAACUCCACACGGAGUUGUGCCAAAUUAGACCGAGGCGUCCGUGAACUUGAAUCAGUUCCUCGGGAUGUUGUGCCUGAGAAUAAAUCCCACCGAGGCGUCUGUGAACUUAAUUCAAUUCGUCAGGAAGCUGUGCCUUAGAAUAAAUUCGACGGGUGUCCAAUUUUCUUGUCAUUCUA